CCACACGUCAUGGUAGACGGCAAUACCACCUGCUGACUCAUGUUCUCUCAUUCCCGAUCCACGGUCGCCAUGCGCAAACCGCAUUCUCGGGUUCCCCACACACCGGAAGGUAGAGCGACGGCUCCGCAUGGUUUUUUGGGUUGAACAUUUUUGGACGCGAAAGUCCUCAACAGAACUUUUCCUUCUCUGCAUACCCCAUCGCUGGCAUGCUCGCACCUUCCUUUCGCAUGCGCAGUAGACCCCUCCUCCAGCACCAACUAUCACAAGCCUGGAGACUAGCACCCCGAAAGUCGGCAGUAAUCGUCUUCCCGCAACGUUCGAGAUGGUAUUCUCAGCAAGUGUCUAAGGCGCAAACGGGCGCUGGCACGACUACGCCUGUUCCCGAUAACGCUGAGCCGCCCAAGUCCAAGUUGCCUUUCUACUUCGAGGCCGGAUAUGCGCUUUUCGCAAAGAGGCCUUCGCGGCCAUUUCCUCCACCUUUCCUGUCGCUGCCUUCGACGAGUUUCUCUGAGCCCCUGAGUACGCACAACAAGAGUCGCGAUCGCCGGCCGACAGUCAACGGGCAGAUGAUAAGAGGCGUCACAAACGGGGACGAUGCGGUACUCGUCAGUGAGAGCUUCAUUGCAGCAAAUGAUGGCGUGGGCGCAUGGGCAACAAGAGAAAAGGGUCAUGCCGCUCUAUGGUCCCGCCUCAUCGCCCAUUUCUGGUCACUUGAAAUCGAGAGCGCAUCCUACUCCUCUACCUCACCUCCAGACCCCGUCACAUACCUCCAGACCGCAUACGAACUUACAAAACAAGCGACCUCCUCGCCCAACGAAUGGCACGGCACGACCACCGCUUGCGGAGCGCUUCUUGGGGCAGACAACGAGCAACCAGACCACCCCUUACUCUACGUAACGCAACUAGGCGAUUCCCAGAUCCUCGUCAUACGACCGAGCAGCAAGGAGGUCAUAUUCAGGACGAAAGAGCAGUGGCACUGGUUCGAUUGCCCGCGGCAGUUAGGGACUAAUAGUCCAGACACUCCGGACAACAACGCAGCCAUGGAUUGCGUAGAAAUCCAGGAAGAAGAUGUCGUCCUGGCAAUGUCGGAUGGCGUAGUAGACAAUCUGUGGGAACAUGAGAUUGUAGAAAACAUCUGCGAAAGCAUGGAGAAGUGGAAGGGUGACAAGGAGAAAGACACAGAGGAUCAGACGUACGCUGAUGGUAUGCAAUUUGUGGCGCAGCAGCUGGUCAACGCUGCGAGAGAGAUUGCUCAAGACCCGUUUGCUGAGAGUCCGUAUAUGGAGAAGGCGAUUGAUGAGGGCUUGUCUAUUGAAGGAGGAAAACUUGACGACAUCAGUGUCGUAGCUGCACAGUGCAAACGGCGCAAAGGAUGAAGUCGUGAAGAGAAGUUUCGAUGAUUGAACUCUGCAAAGAACUACACACCAUACCGGGCGCCGAUGGCCACCGAACGUACCAGGGCCCGACCACGGAAAGCCACAUACAAGACUAGGUCACAGGCCACACCCGACUUUGUAACCUUGCGAAUGGCCCUGCACACG